CUUUUGGAGAUCAAUUCCAGCCUAGUCGUGGCAAUAUGCUGCACCUGGGCCAGAGUGAAACCUGGGAAAAGGUUUCAGAUUUCAAAUUGCGCGAAUUAGUACAUUUUUGGGAUAAAGUGGCAGCGGUCAGCUGCAGCAAUUCGCAGAGUGUACAUCUUUUAUCACCGCCGGUGACGAAUCCAUCCGCUCCUGGUUUCAGUGGUGCUCAGGGAAGGUCUGUUAAUCCAGCAUUCCAUCAUGUAUUUACAAGCAGCUGGCCGGUGUAUGGUAUGGGACCAUUCCCUACCUACAUCAAUCCUGUGGCAGCUAGGGUGCCAACAAAGAAAAAGAAAAGACGCCGAGGAGGAAAUGGACGAUAAAAUUGCUGUGAAGCUGGAGAUCGACUUAGUAGCUGAAAAAAGCCUGUCGUUGGCAAGAUUUGAUAUGAAAUCCGAAAUUCCGUAUAACAGGCUCGUUUCAUAAAUUUUUGUUGACGGAAUUUCCUCGGUCCCGUCGUACUAUCGAUGAAGUAUUAUUGUCGAAUGCUACCGUGACUGGUUUUGAGUACAUUUAUUAUGCUACAUUAUUAAUUUCAUAUGCCAGAAGAAUAGUUAAAUAGCCACUUUAAAUAAUCUGUACAACUGCAGUAACUGCCUCAUUUUAUUAUGUAAUUCAGCACAUCA